AUGGACAGCUAGAAAUUAUUCAAAAUUUUGGGGACGUACUUUAAAAGAUGGAUUACGCUAUCGUCUUGGCACUCUUUUACCAGAAGAAAGUGUUCAGAAUAUGAAUGAGAUUAUUAUCAAGCCUCGAGAAUUACCAACUACUUUUGAUGCCCGACAAAAAUGGCCAGGAUUAAUUCAUGGAAUUCAAGACCAAGGCGAGUGUGGAAGUUCUUGGGCCCAGUCAACAACCGCCACCUCAGCUGAUCGAUUGGCAUUAAUAACAGAAGGAAGACAAAAUGUGCAACUCUCUGCCCAACAAUUACUUUCCUGUAAUCAACAUCGACAGAAAGGUUGUGAAGGUGGUUACUUAGAUAGAGCUUGGUGGUAUAUCCGGAAAUUCGGUGUAGUAAGUGAAGAAUGCUACCCAUAUGUAAGUGGAAUAACAGGGAAAUUGGAACCAUGUGAAAUUCAAAAGUCUGAUUAUAUCAAUGGGCAGUUGUUGAGCUGUCCUAACAGAGACAGCAGCUCACGAGUGCAUCGUAUGACGCCAUCUUAUAGGGUUUCGAGUAGGGAAGAAGACAUAAUGUCUGAGAUAUUAACCAACGGCCCAGUGCAAGCAACAUUUCUCGUUCACAGCGACUUCUUCAUGUACAGUGCUGGGAUAUACAAGCAUCUCACAACAAGUGAAGACGAACCUAGAGGAUACCAUUCUGUUCGACUUCUUGGGUGGGGGGAAGACCAUACUACUGGAAAGCGAGUCAAGUAUUGGAUCGCAGCUAAUUCUUGGGGUUCUGACUGGGGGGAAAACGGUACUUUCCGGAUUAUGCGUGGUGAGAAUCACUGUGAAAUUGAAUCAUUUAUAAUUGGUGCGUGGGGUAAAGGUUCUAAAAAACGACGACGACUGUUUAAGUUACGAAAAAUACGACGACAAUUCAGAAUGUUAAAAUAA